AUGUUGAGCCUGCACAAAGAAAAAAAAAAACAAGAGUUCAUCAAAUCGACGUCACCCAGUCGCACACUAGUGACGUUUGCUUUGCGGCGAGGCAAGAUGGCUACAUCGGCUUGGCUGCGUGGCCCAUCUGCUAUGCGACUAACAGAGGGUUUGGUGUCGGUUCUGCAGGAGCAGCGUCCGGAGUAUUUACCUGCUCUGUUGGCCAACUACAGAGAACAUGGCGUGUUUCCGACACAGGGCGCGAGCGCCGUUGGUGGUCUCGUGGGUUUCAGCAAUGCCAAACUUGGCUCGAGCAAGACCAGGUUUGAGGGGCUCUGCCUACUCUCCAUGCUGGUUAAGGACAGCUCCAGUGAUUUAUUCCAGCAACACUGCCUAUCCUGGCUGCGCUCCCUGCAGCAGGUCAUACAGUCUCAGGCUCCAGUUCAGACCAUCCAGCUUGCUGUGAACAUUCUGAAGGAUGUGUUGCAGUACUCGUCCCAGCUAGCAGAGCUGGCCCGGGAGGUCGGCCUCAACUCCGUCCUUGGCAUCCUUACGUCUCUGCUGGGCCUUAAGACAGAGUGUGAGCUGGCAGCCAUGGAGGGAAUGAUGGCCUGUAUGACCUACUACCCCAGAGCAUGUGGAUCCCUCAAGGACAAACUGGGAGCCUAUUUCCUCUCCAGAAUGGACAAUACAAACACGAAAACACAAGAGAUGGCAUGUCUAUGUUAUGGUCACCUUCCCUGCCUGGGGGGCCUAUUGGAAAGAGGGGUGGGUGCUGGCAGAGCUGAAAGCUGGACCAAUCAGAUUCAUUGCCUACUGGCCUCAGCUAAUAGCCAGCUGGCUCAGAUCUACCAGGGUUCUGAAACAGAUGGAACUGUGCAAUAUGAAGGUCCAGGAGUGGAGCUGAGCUUUCCUCACCUCGACCAAUCAGAUCCCUUGCUGCUGCUGCAGCUCCAGCACAGAUACACAGCUGUCUGCCUGGCACUCAAACACUCACUCAGAGUGGAUCCAGCCUCAGCUGUUCGUCUGCCUGUCAGACCAAUACUCAACCUUGUGUGCCGAGCCCUCGCUGUCAGCUCCAAAAGCAUAAAUUUAACAGGAGAUGGAAGUGUGAGGUUACUCGUCUUGCCCAUCAUACACAUCAACACACUGGACGUCUUAUCAGCCCUGAUCACAGCUGUACGUAGCAGCAUGGUUCAGUACGCUGCUGUGCUACAGAGGCUAUUUUCUCAAACCUUAUCUGCCUGGACACCUCUACCUGAAGCCAGUCUGGGACAGCAGAGAGCCUACAGCUCCGUGCGAGUGUCCGUGUACAGAACCUUAGAGCUUUGGGUCCAGAUGGCCGGAGCCUCUGCUAAUAUUCUUCAGGGAAGCCCUGGCCACUCAGAGCUCCUUUUUAACCACCUUCUCAGUGACAUCACACCAGAAACAGAGUCUGUCAAGCUCCGGGUGGGUCUGUCAGCAGAUGUUGUUCCUGGAGGGAAGCCGGGCCCCCGGCGGACAAAACCGCUUGUCAUAGCGGACACAGUUGGACCAUCACUCCAGAGGAAAGGAGACCUUCUGGCUAAUCAGGAUACUUGCAUUGCAGCCCUCAGGGCACUGAGACAAAUCAUACUAACCAGUGGUACACUGCUGAAAGAUGAUAUACACAAGCGUCUCCAUGAUUUGGUGCUGCCGCUGUGUGUGCGUCUACAGCAGCAACAGUCCAGCAGCAGCACUUCAUGUGAAUCUGCAGGGGGGAUCAGUGGGCAGUAUAGCAGUGCCCUCACCCGACGAGAGCUAUACAGAUUAUUGCUGGCUCUGGUCCUGGUCCCAUCGCCCUGUUGGCCUCCACCUCUGACCUGCGCAGUGUCUAUCCUCAGUAACGGACACAUAGACCGCAACCUUAAGGUCUCGACAUUUUGUACUGAGGCUCUCACAAUCUGUAACUCCCUACUCCAUCCCCGCACUCCCUCCAUCACCUUGCCCUUGCCACCCCUCACCCUGAAACCCUCACCCACCACUCCAGUCCUGCCCUCCUCUCAGGGACCUACCCCUGGACUUACUUUGCCAACCCUCCUAGGGGGGCCUGCCCCCGGUCCUCCCUUUCCCACCCGCCACUCCCUUAGCCUGGGCCCUGCUUCUCUGUUAGGUUCUCUGGAGAACCACCUCUCUCUGGUUCCGGGACUGCCGGGCCAGACCCCCACCCCAGGAGAGAUGAUCCUGUCCCCACACGCACACCACCAACAGGACCCUACUGGAUUGGGCCCUCUAGAGGGGCAGAGGCCCGUGUUCAUCCGCUACGACAGAGAGGAAGCAGAGGAUGUGGAGAUCUCUCUGGCCAGUGACUCGGAUGACAGCGUGGUCAUCGUUCCUCCAGGUAUGCUAAACAUGGAGAACAAGCAAGAUGAGACGACGGUGGCAAACUCUCAGAAUAUGGCUUCUGCUGCACCAGGAGGCUCUACAGUUACACUUCCAGAAGGAGAAUCGAUCACCAUUGUCCCCACUACAGCAACAACAACCACAGUAGAUGGGGUCUCACUCCCUAACAAUCUUGCUACCUCCUCCCCCCAACUCACCACCUCCACCACCCCUAUCAACUCCUUUGCUUCUUCUUGUGCCUCUGUGGUCUCCCUGGUUCCACCUUUGAACUCCAGCACACUCACAGCUCCAGCUGGUGGUAUGGGGGACUCCUUGCCUGGCAGACCUCAGCUCCAACAGAUGCUGAUGCAGCCCUCCAACGCAGGGCAGCCUGGUCCCAUCGGUCUGCCACUCCAAAUGCACCAGCUGCAGAAUCAGCUGAGCCAGCAGCAGGGACGGCACCUCCACCAACACCAACCGCCGCCUGCCAGCAAUGAAGACUCUGGUAUCAUUAACAUCAACAGCACUGAUGAUGAGGAGGAAGAAGAGGAGGACAUGGAGGAUGAUGAAGAGCUGGAGGAGGAGGAGGAAGAGGAGGAAGGGAUGGAUGAGGAGGAGGAGGAAGUGAGUGAUUUUGCUGAGGAUGAGUUUUACGAUGGGGAAGAGUAUGAAGACUAUGAUGAAGAAGAGGGAGAAGAGCUGGAGGAAGAGGAGGAGGAAGAAGAUGGGGAUAUACCUCCACUGGAGGGAGCAGAGGACAAGGCUGGAGAGAUAAGGAUAGAGGAAGGGAAGAUGCUACGAGCAGCGGUGGAUGAACUAGGGAUGGCUGGAUUCAGUGCAGAUGGAGAAGCAGAGGGAGGGAUAGAGGAGAUCCAGACCAACAGAGCUCUGAUAGCAGAGGACAGGAUGAAGGUACAAGAGGUGGAGAGCAUCGGAGUCCUGGAGGAGGCGCGAGAGGGUGAGGGAGAGGAGGAUGAAAGUGAAAGGAUGGAUGACCCCACAAUGCCACAGAUCUUGUGUGUCACUGGAGGAGCACUGGAGGAGAGGGAGGAGGAGGAGGAGGAGGGAGGAGGAGAAGGAAGAGGAGAGAGAGGAGGAGGGCGGCAGGAGGAGGCGAGCUUGUGGGAGCACGGAGACAAUGAGACUGAGCCAAAACCCUCCUCAGAAGAAUGCACAGCUAAUAAGAAUCAACAGGAGUCAGGAGCUGAACUGGCACAGGAAUCCAGUGUGAGUGAUCACCUGCCAUCUGGUCAUUGGGAGGAAGAGCCAACAACUGUCCAAAAAGGAGAUGUAGCAGCGGCAGAUCCUGAAACUUCAACGGACCAGAGUACAAAACACCAAGAGGAGACAGACACUGAGCAAAUGGAAACAAUAAAAGCAGAAGAGCAGGAGACAGAAGACGUGGGUGGUAGAGAGAGUAACGGAGAGGACGGGAAAGGAGUGAAGAGGAAGAGAGAGGAGACACACAAAGAGGAAGAGGCAGGACAAAGCACUGAAAAGAAAAAGCUGGAUGAUGAUACCAUGGCCUCCAUGUUGGCUGAUUUUGUUGCCUGCCCACCUGAUGAUGAAGACGGUGCCUCUGGAUCAAACCAGUCAAACAUUUGCCAACCUGAACUGAUCUGAUGGAAAUUAUCAUGUAUAUAAUAUAUAAUCUAAGGAUACUGUAUCAUUCAUGACAUUUCCAAGGUUUAGUUACAUCACUGUGUUCAAAUAAUACUGGUAGAAUAUAGUCUUAAGUCUUUUUUUUUUUUUU